AUGAAUUAACAAUUUAAUGUUUAAUAUUAAGGGAAUAAAUCCACUCGUUACAAUAGAUUACCCAAUCUAACCAACAAUCCCUAUUUAAAGUACAAAGAGAGUAUUAACUUAGUCUCUCUUAAGAAUUACGAAAUUCACGUACAAAUAAGAAUUAAGCUUAAUCUAAAUAGGUAAUCAAUUAUAUUCAUCUUAGAUUGCACUAUCAAAUAAGAAAGAUGAUGCUAACAACUAUUAUUAUCAUACUACUAUCUAUAACGUUAAAGAAAAUAAAGAUAUUUCAAAAUUCUCUAAGUAUUACUGAAAUUAUCAAUCCAUAGUAAUCAACAAUUAACUUUUGCCAAAUACAAUGAAAUCUAAACCAAACUCUUAGUUUCAGAUUUCAAAAAGAAAGUUGAUGCCUUCCUUAAAAAAAAUAAUUAAAAUUACAAAAAUCAUUUGAUUAGUAAUAAAAUAACUUCUUCCAUAAAGGAAUUAAACUCUUUACAAUAAAUUAAAAAUCAAGAAUUAUUGAACUAAUCUUUAUGUUCUAAUAAAUACACUAUCACAACUGAAAGUAUUUCUUAUAAUUUUAUUAUCUUAGAAAAAUCUAUGAAAACCAUGGAAAUAUUUAUUUUAGGCAAAAAUAAACUUGUUACCAAAUAAGUUAUUUCAAGUGAACUCAUACAACAUAGAUUAUUGAAAUAAAUGGAAAGCUUUCUAAAAGAUGAUAAAUUUAAUUAUGAUUUGAAGUAGAUUAUUUCAUCUAAUUAGAAUGACAACCAUGAUUGAUUAAUAUUCUGAAAUUGUCAAUAAAAUUAAUGAAAAAGCCUUUACUAUUAAAAUUCCAGAUAAGUAUGUCAUUUAAAUGAGUGAUUACAAUGAAUAUUAUUAAAUUAAAGAAGAUUCAACUGAUAAAAUUAAUUAAAAUAGAUUAGAAAUUAUAGCUGAUUAAAUCAUUUAAGAAAUUUAAUAAUCUAAAAAAACUACUCCUAAAAUUUUAAGCCAUUAAACUUCUGAACUUUAUGAACCAAUUAUUCAAGUUAUCUAAACUGAACCAACUAUUAUUCAAUAAGAACUUAUUUAGUAAGAAACUACUGAUGUACAAUAGAUAAUACCAGAAAUGAAGAUUUCAAAUAAGAAAAUUCGAUAAAGAAAAAAAACUUACCAGAACAAAAAUGAAAUAAAUUAAUCUCAACAUUCCAGUGUUUCUGAAAUGAUGGAUUCUUCUUUAAAAAACUAAGUGAUAAAAGAUAAUGACGAUAUUAAAAAGAAAAAAAAAGAAAAAUCUAAGAUUAUUGAUUAAGCUAAAAUAGAAGAAUAAGAAUAAUAAGAUCUGAUACAAAAAGAAAUUUAAUUACAAAACAAAAAUAAAAUAAUUAAAAAACUUAGAGAAUUUGAUCACUUAUUCAAACCUAUUACUUAUUUAAGGAGUUAAUCUGAAAAUAUUAUUUUAUAAACUCAAGAGCCAAUAAUUCUAACAAAACCAAAAGAAAUAAUUCUUAAAACUUCAAGUAUCGGAUCUAUUAAUGAUAAUAUAAAUUUAAAAGAAAUUAAUGAAAUCAUUAGAAUCAAAAGAAAAUAGUUAUAUGACUAUCAAUAAGAAUAACUUCGAUAAGAAAGAGAGUAAUAACAAACCAUUGAGAAUUUCAUUUAAAAUAAGAACAAUGGUUAAUCUAAACCUUUAAACAUAAUUGUUAAUGGUAAAAACAUAAAUGAAUUAAAAGCGGGCGCUGAAUUUUGGGACCCUAAAAGAAAUUCUCCAAGGUCUUUCACAAAGUAACGAUAAAAUAUCAAUAAUCUAAAUACAACAGAUUAACCUUUAUAAGGGCAACAAUAAGAAAUAAAUGAUAACGAAUAAAAAAACAAUAUGAUAGAAGAAUAAGAACAAAAACCUGAGUCUACUAAAAUUUUGGAGGAAAAUAAUCCUUACAUUAAUACUAUACAACAAACUAUCUGUAACAGUAUUAAUAAUCAAUAAGUGAUUAACGAAAAAAUAAUAAGCUUUGAAUAAAAUUUAAAAUAGUAAUAACAUCAAGAUAUUUUUGAUAUUUUAUUAGCUUCCGAUUCAGUUUAUGAUGUAAAAAUUGAUGAUUAUAAAAUUGGAAAACCUCAAAAAAAUUAAAUUCAAAAUCUUACUUUCGAAUUCAAGCAGGAUUAAGAUAAGAUAGUUUUUAUUCAUUAGUAACAUCAAAAAUAAAUUUAGGGUCUUAUGGAGGAGAGAAAUAAAAUAAGUGAUUUCUAAACUUAGUUACCUAAACAAAUUAUUAUCUGCUUAAAUCAAUUCAGAAGAUGAAAAUAUCAAAGACAUUAUAAAAAUUUUUGAUCCAAAAGACAACCUAGAGAAUAACAAUUUAGAAAACAAAAAUUCAUAAAUCUGA